GUGUGUGUGUGUCCUUGGUGCGUGUGGUCAAAUAUUUACUCCAGGGUUUGACAGGUAGAUCAGUCAGCUCAUUCAGUUUAAUUAGAACCCUACUUUGACCGGAUGAUAAGAUAUCAAUGUUUUAAUAAUCAAGAGGCAGCAUAAGACAUAAGCUUAAAAACAUAAUACAUGACACAUCAAGAGGCAGCAUAAGACAUAAGCUUAAAAACAUAAUACAUAGAGUGUAACAUACAUCAAGUAUAAGGUUACAUACAUAAGAAAUAGGAUUACAGACUUAAGAUGUAAUUGUAACUAUAUGAGAUAUAGUGUUACAUGCAUAAUACAUAGUUAAAAACAUAAGACAAAGCGUUACAAUACACAUAGGGAUGCAGUAAUAAGACACAGGGUUAUACCCUGAUAACAGUGUCAUGAAUACAAUGACCAUAGACCCUCCUGCACAUCAUACAGGUAUGUCCAGUUUCACAGUAACUGUCAGUUCAGUUAUAGAAUAAACACGCACCUGCUGCCAGCCUGUGGGUGUGGUUGGGUGUUGGUUGCCUUUUGUUUUUUUGUAUUCAGAUUUUAUGUUUUUACGGCCACACUACAAUACACACACAGUGUGCUUGAUGCACAACCUAUCGCUAGCGGGGUAAGCGCUGCACAACAGGAACCUGGACCUGAACCUGAACUGAGUCAGGCCCGUUUUGAAUUGUAACUUGGUUACCCUUUAAUACUUUCCUGUAAAAUAAAACAAAAUAAAUAAAUAGUAGCCUUAAGAUUCAUGAGCUUUUAUUUUGACUUUAGGGAUUGUUCCUUUAAACACAGAACUUCAGUUCCUGCAUUGCUUUAACAUUUCGAUUCGAUACUUACCAAAAAUACUGGUAUUUUUUGUAAUAAUACAAAUGAUUAGGAAUAUUGUCACCUGUUCCCUCCAUCAGUCUGAAUGAAGGGAAUGCUUAAACACAGCCUACAAAAACCUGUUGUGGGGUGAGGCAGCUGGUAUUGUGUGUCUGCCUGUUGACCCACUAGUCAUUCAUGCAUGAUUUUUAAGUUUCGGGCUACGACAGCAUGGCAACCACAACCACCACACGGUUCCUCCGAGGCUAGGCCUAAACCUUGCCAACGGGCACGCUGAUACGAGAUGUCUCGCUCUCUCAUUAAACACUGUACUGUUGGUCCAUUUCUCUCUCAUUAGCAACUCUACUACCUGAACUUGCAGAGAAGAAGUGAGAAAAUGGAGCGAGGAAUGAUGGAGGAACAGAAUCAGAUGGUGUCUAAGAGGAAGCUGAGGGUGUGUGUCGCUACCUGCAACCGCGCCGACUACUCCAAGCUAGCUCCCAUCAUGUUUGGGCUCAAAGCCCACCCGGAGAGCUUCGAGCUGGAGGUGAUGGUCCUGGGCUCGCAUCUCAUCGAUGACUACGGGAACACGUUCCGGAUGAUCGAGCAGGACGACUUCGACGUGAGCUCCAAGCUGCACACCAUCGUGCGGGGGGAGGACGAGGCGGCCAUGGUGGAGAGCGUGGGCCUGGCCCUGGUCAAGCUGCCCGACGUGCUGCAGCGCCUGCGCCCCGACAUCCUCGUCGUCCACGGCGACCGCUUCGACGCCCUGGCGCUGGCCACCGCCGCCGCCCUCAUGAACAUCAGGAUCCUGCACCUAGAGGGGGGAGAGGUGAGCGGGACGAUCGACGACUCCAUCCGCCACGCCAUCAGUAAGCUGUCCCACUACCACGCCUGCUGCACGCGCAGCGCCGAGCAGCACCUCAUCGCCAUGUGCGAGGACCACAGCCGCAUCCUGCUGGCCGGCUGCCCCUCCUACGACAAGCUGCUGUCGCCCACCAAGAACAACCACCUGGACACCAUCCACACCUGGCUGGGGGACAUGGUGCAGGAGAACCAGUACAUCGUGGCCCUGCAACACCCGGUCACCACGGACAUCCAGGGCUCCAUCAAGAUCUACGGCCUCAUGCUGGACGCCCUCAUCUCCUUCAACAAGAAGACGCUCAUCCUGUUCCCCAACAUCGACGCAGGAAGUAAGGGGAUGGUGCGCGUGAUGCGGAUGAAGGGCAUCGAGCAGCACCCCAACUUCCGGGCGAUGAAGCACAUCCCGUUCGAGCAGUUCAUCCAGCUGGUGGCCCACGCCGGCUGCAUGAUCGGGAACAGCAGCUGUGGGGUCCGCGAGGCCGGGGCCUACGGGACCCCCGUCAUCAACCUGGGCUCCAGACAGACGGGCCGAGAGACAGGAGAGAACGUUCUCCACGUCCGGGACGCUGACACCCACAACAAGAUCUACCACGCCUUGGAGCUGCAGUUUGGAAAGCGCUACCCCUGCUCUAAGAUCUACGGCGACGGGAACGCGGUGCCGCGGAUCCUGAAGUUCCUGCGGAGCAUCAAGCUGGACGAGCCGCUGCAGAAGAGCUUCUGCUUCCCGCCCGUGAAGGAGGCCUUCUCCCAGGACAUCGACCACAUCCUGGAGACCCAGUGCGCCCUGGCCGUGGACCUGGGGGGCACCAACCUCCGCGUGGCCAUCGUCAGCAUGAGGGGGAAGAUCAUGAGGAAGUACUGUAAGCCCAACCCCAAGACCUACGAGUCCCGGAUCCAGCUCAUCCUCAGCAUGAGCCAGGACGCCAUCCAGGACGCUGUCCGCCUCAACUGCAGAAUACUGGGAGUCGGCGUGUCCACGGGGGGGCGGGUCAACCCCCAGGAAGGGGUGAUCCUCCACUCCACCAAGCUGAUCCAGGAGUGGUCGUCGGUGGACCUGCGCACGCCGCUCUCGGACGCGCUGCACCUCCCCGUGUGGCUGGACAACGACGGCAACUGUGCGGCGCUGGCGGAGAAGAAGUUCGGCCACGGCCAGGGCGUGGAGAACUUCGUCACCAUCAUCACCGGCACAGGUAUCGGGGGGGGCAUCGUGCACCACCACGAGCUGGUGCACGGCAGCACCUUCUGCGCGGGGGAGCUGGGCCACAUCAUGGUGUCUCUGGACGGCCCAGAGUGCAUGUGCGGCAGCCGGGGCUGCGUGGAGGCCUACGCCUCGGGCAUGGCCCUGCAGCGCGAGGCCAAGAGGCUGCACGACGAGGACCUUCUUAUCACGGAGGGGAUGGAGUUGAAGAAGGUGGAGGCCGUCAGCGCCGUGCACCUCAUCAGCGCCGCCCAGCAGGGGAACGCCAAAGCUCAGGCCGUCCUGAAGACAGCCUCCACAGCUCUGGGCGUGGCCGUGGUGAACAUCCUCCACAUGACCAACCCGUCACUGGUCAUCCUGUCGGGGGUGCUGGCGUCGUACUACCAGUCCCCGGUCCAGGACAUCAUCUCCCAGAGGGCCCUGGCCUCCUCCCAGGGCAUCAAGGUCGUGACCUCCGACCUGGAAGAACCUGCUCUGCUGGGUGCCGCUAGUAUGGUUCUGGACUACACCACCAGGCGGAGCUGCUAACCAGACCCGGACACACACACGCACGCACAAAAAGACACACACACACAUACACACAUAACACAGGUACACAGACACACAGACAGUCCGAAGCAUUGUUAUUGUUUGUUUGGUUAACAGCAAACUUUCACUAUUUAAAUAUAUCUAGAUAUAAAUAGCUUUAUUUAUAUAUAUAUAUCUUGAUGUAUACAUAUUUAAUUUAUAUGAAUCAUUCCGUUUGAGAGCCAGAAAUGGUUUGAAUUGCCCAGAGGUCAUAAUGGAAACUGAUUAGCCUGGCCGCCAUCUUGGUGCUAAAUGCUAGCUGGGUGGGGGAACUGAAUGCCCCGCUCAGCGAGCAGCUUGAACCAAAGAAGGCGCAAGGGGACUGGGUUCCACGGAGCCGCACGUUGUUUCUCUCCCAGCAGCCCGCGCUCUCUCUGCGCUGCUGCCAUGGCCUUACUUUGCUCGUGCAUACGUGAUUUGCAUUUCCACAAACAUGACGUGCCAUGAACUAGCAUAAAGGAGCCUCUGGUCUCCUUUUAUUAAUAGGAAUAUACUUUAGAGUAAAUAAUAUAAAU